AUAAAUUGUAUAUAAUAUAUUGUGUUGUAUGAUUACGCAAUAACUACGAAAUGUUACGGCGCAUUUCUAACUUCUCAAAUAUUUCCAUUUUCCAAGAAUGCGCGUCAUUUAUCUGUCAAAAAGACCGUGGCAAAAUUGGACAAAGGCAAAAUUUUGCAGUCGCAAUUUGUUUUUAAAUAAAAUGUCCGCAAAUACGCCUCCCGGAGUGAGUGAUGGUGAGUUUCUGCUGUGUUUGCUGGAAAAGUUAUUAAAGCGCGAUUAUCAAUGUUUAUCUUCGGUUUUAGCGGAAGAAAAUAAUGAACCGUCUAACCCGCCAAAUCCGAUUGAAGGUUUAGGUUCUAGAAUCCGCGAUUUAGAUGUCGAUACUAUUCGAAGAUAUUUGGCCGAAAAGCUCGGUUUUUACGAGCCAACUGAGCCAUCAGAAAUAGUUUUGGAUGAAGUUUCUUUAGAUGGUGUUGUGAAGUGGAUGAAAAAUGAGCGAUGCCAAAAUGUUAUAACUUUAUCUGGAGCUGGUAUUUCUACAUCCGCUGGCAUUCCUGAUUUCCGAAGCCCUGAGACUGGUUUAUAUCACAACUUACAAAAGUACAAUCUCCCCGAACCACAAGCAAUAUUUGAGAUUAAUUUCUUUCGACAAAACCCAAAACCUUUCUUCACACUCGCAAAGGAAUUGUUUCCUGGAAACUUUAAGCCAACAGUUUCACAUUAUUUUAUAAGACUAUUGCAUGAAAAAGGAUUACUAUUGCGUCAUUAUACACAAAACAUAGACACACUGGAGAGAGGUGCAGGUAUCCCGGACGAUAAGCUGGUUGAGGCUCACGGCACAUUCUACACUUCUCAUUGUCUUGAUUGCCAUAAGGAAUAUUCACUUGAAUUUAUUAAAGAGCGCAUUUUCGCCGACGAGAUACCAAUAUGCACAGAAUGUCCAGGGGUUGUGAAGCCAGACAUUGUGUUCUUUGGCGAAAGCCUGCCAGACAGAUUCCAGAAUUGUCUACAAGAAGAUUUCCAAAAAUGUGAUAUGCUCAUCAUCAUGGGUUCGUCACUUGAAGUGCAGCCGUUUGCGUCACUCAUUGAUAUGGUUCCAGAGUGGUGUCCGCGUCUGCUCAUCAACCGAGAAAAGGCUGGUGCGAGGUCACCCAUCCUCCGCCUGUGGGGGCUCAUGCACGGAGGCCUGCAACUCGAUGAGGACUCGGUUAGGGAUGUGGCAAGACUCGGAGACUGUGAUGAAGGUUGUCAGGAACUAGCUGACAAGCUUGGGUGGGGGGACGAGCUACGAGUGCUAGUAGCUAGCGAGCACAAGAGGCUAGAACUGCAGGGUGCGGUCAUACACCCCCACCCUCCAACCCUCCCUUCCACGGUCACCGAACCUGUACCAGGCCAUAGUGCUGCCGAGCCGAAGCUAUGAAUAUGAAACAAGUGUAUACCUGUGUUGCCAAGUUACAUAGUUUGAUAGCAUUCAAAUGCUGUAUAAGCGAGAAAUUUUUAAGAAUAGAAAGAAUUUGGUGUCUCUUAAACAUUAAACCGAAAGAGUAGAAUAAAUUCGAUUGCUCUGACAGGAUCACGGAUGGCCGAGUGGUUAGGCGUCGCGCGAAAGACGCAGGUUUGAAUCCCACCUCGAAUUUUUUCUAUUCUUUAUAAAUUUCAAAUUAAAUAGUGUCAGUGUGGUGUGAGAUAUAAGUUAUAAGUUACAAGUGUUUUUGUUGGUGGUUCAAGUGGUAUGUUGGAAGGAAAAAUAUGUAUGAGCAAGGUACAGUAUGAUUUAAACUUAAUGGCAGCUCUGAACAUUGAUCGAUCCAAUGCGCAGAAAAUAAUUUUAGAUAUCAGUGGGAUGCCAUUAAGUUUAGAUAGAACUGUAAGUAACUCGAAAAUGAAAGCAAUAUAUUUUUAUUUGUCUAAAUAAUCUGCCUAAAUUCUUGUAGAAAACUAUAAAAAAAACAUGGUUUAUGCAUAAUUUUACAACUUGAAUUAGAAUACUUAGAAUGAAAUAUGAAUCCACUUUGUAUCUUAUAUUAAAACAAAGGUUCAAAUUAGAAUUGAUAAAUAGCUUUUGUCUUGCUCACACUUAUUUAGAUUGUACUAUUCUUUCUCUUUUCUGUACUUAAAUACACAAGAGAGAAGGAAGUAUGAUCAAAAAGGAAAUGGCGUUAAAUUUGUAUACUGUAUGUUAAAGAAACUGUAAAAUUAAAUUAAGUUGAAAUGUGGAAGAACUAUUAAUCCAUACUAAUAUUAUAAAUGCGAAAGUAA